AUGUCAGGUCGUCUCCAAGGCAAAACAGCCAUCGUCACUGGCGGUGCAUCAGGCUUCGGCAAAGGCAUCGCCGCCAAAUUUGUCUCUGAGGGCGCCAACGUCAUCAUAACCGACCUCUCCUCCGAAGCAGGCGAAGCCGUCGCCUCUGAGCUGAAGUGCCACUUCCUUCGCGCAGACGUGACUAAACCCGACGACUGGCGUGCCGUGUUGUCUCUUGCGCUUGAGAGGUUCAAGCAGCUUGAUAUCGUCAUCAACAAUGCUGGCGCAACGUAUCCCAACAAGCCGACUGAGGAUGCUACCGAGGCCGACUUUGAUCUGGUUAUGAAUGUCAACGUCAAGAGUGUGUACCACUCAACAAACAUUCUGCUACCUUAUUUUUUAAAGGAGAAGAGGCCUGGGUGCUUUAUUCAGGUUGCUUCAACGGCGGGAAGUCGGCCCAGGCCCAAGUUGACCUGGUACAAUGCCUCCAAGGCCGCUGUCAUCAACGCCACCAAGACGAUGGCCCUAGACAGGACCCAUCUCUUUAUCGGCAAGCCCGAUACCGAGGAGAACAGAAAGGGUUUUGUGUCUACGAUUCCCUUGGGGCGACCGUCGACGCCUGGUGACAUCGCCAACGCUUGCUGUUAUUUGGCCAGUGAAGAAGCAAACUUUAUCACUGGUGUUGAUCUCGAGGUUGAUGGAGGACGUUGUGUGUGA